AAUGUACUUGAAAGUAAUUAAAUUUGCAGAAAUUUGCCAAAACUAUGUUACAGACGAAUAUUUCGGAUCUUAACUGUGACCGCGUCCUUUAUACUUGAAAACGGUUACCUGCGCCGCGCUGAAGGGUAUAAACCGUACGGGCAGCGAGAGGACGCACAGCUGACAAAUUCCACAAGAAACUUCAACACUAAAUGUGAAGAAGCAGAAAAUAAUAGCGGACAUUAUUUACAACAAAUCUCGCUUUGACUUUUCCAGGCAACGAGGCUUGAAAACUUUAUAAACAAUAGAAAAAUAGACAUUUUUAAAAAGGAAACAACAAACAGCAAAACAAAAAUCAGAAAGAAAUAUGGAUUCAGUACAAAAAUAUGUAAACAACGCUCAAACAGCUGGGAUUCACAAAAACCAGUCCGUAAUGUCUGGAGCUAAUAAAGUGACGAAGAGGAGACGAGAGCUUUCGCCAAGAGAAAAACAAACGAAAACCAAGGAACUUAAAAGUGCAUCCAAGGAGAACUUAUCGCCAUCUUUAGGCAGCCAUCAGUUUCCGAAAGUUUUUGAGCAGACAUGUGAGUCCGCCGCUGCAAAACAGCCACAUAUCGGUGAGCGGCUAAUCCAUUUAUUGGCAAUACAACCAUUAACGAUGUCGGAACUGAAGUCACGUUUAUCGACGGGGGGUAUGACUAAGGACGAAAAAUUAGUUGUUUCCUCCUUGAUGCCGUUGAUUACGAGACUCGAGCGUAAGUUGUACCAUCUAAAAUGCAAUGUUUGGGAUGAAGUCGACGAGAAUUGGCCGCACUACACCGACGAGGAGCGUCAGAAAGUGAAGUUGAGGAAGCAUUUUUAUUUAGCCUUACCUCCGGAGGGAAGAAGUGAGGCAUCCUGUUAUGCAACGCCGUCCGGAAACUACAAAAAACACAAAACGAUCACCCCGAAAAUACAGCGACCUCGAGAGGACAACAAAUCGACAAACCCACAUAAUAACCAACGACUCCCUGAACUGGUAGCCAAACUCCAAGUUGAGGAAAGCUGCUUCGUGCGAAAACACACGAACCCUGGAAAGCACUCCAGCCAACGAGAGAGGACGCGUAAUAAUGCCACAAUUACACUUUCAGAUGGAAAGAGCUCUAUAAAGACAGCAAAUACGCACGCACAAGACGUUGACGUGAGCACAUUUCGGAGCUGUAGCAAUGUUGAAACUGAAACUAAGGGAGAUGAACAUCAACAACGGAAUCAAGCAGAUCUUUAUCGACCUUGGGAAGACGAUGAAGUGACGGAUUUCUUAAUAACCUUGUUGUUCGACGACGACAAAUAUCGGAAAACCGAGGACCUAAGUGCUUACAAAAUGCUUGUAAAGAAGAAUCCGUGUUUCGCUGAUAAACUGCCUUUAUUCGAUGCUGCCGAUUUUCCACUAAUAACAAAAGAAAGGCAAAGACGUCACUACAGAGCGAUGUUCAAGCGUUCCGAGGAUCUUUAUAGGAGGCUGCAUGCUCAUAACAAUGCCCUAACGUCGGAAUUCUGGACGCUUCGAGCUCAAUUCGAGGCUGCUGAGGAAUUCAGUGAAAAGCGAAUAGAAAUUUAUGUACGCUACCAUCGCUGCUACCAUCUCAUAUACAGCGAAAAUGAGCUUAAGAAACGAGCGCAUUUAGAUUAUUUGCACGAGCUGCGGAAGCAUCUCUUGCUGCGCGUCACAGAAUAUGAUAACCCAGCGUUGGCAGUGAAAGCAAAGGAACAGCUACAGGGUAUAGAGGAAGAGCUGCAAGAGCGUAUUUCUAACACCAAGUUUAUGGUUCGAAACUUAAUCACUUUGCAUCCGAUAGAAAGACUUGGGACUGAAAGAGGUACUGGCCUGUCAGACAUAAGCUCCCAAUCGGAGUCUGAAGCAGAGGAUGAUGGGCAAUAUAGAAAAAUGUCACUCUGCCAACGAGCAGCACACUGAGCCACGGAAGGUCGGUGAUUCCUCCUACUCUCUCUAUAGUAAUUCCUACUGCACGGAAAGUGUCUAACGGGAAAACGACGAGGCCAAAGGGUUGCCUUGAGCGAGAUAUACCAAAUCCUAGUACAGGAUAAUUUCUAUUUUAUUUAUUUAUAAUUUUUAGUUUUUAUUUUUAUAUGUAUGAGCUGUGAAUGUGAGAGAAAUUCAUUUAGUGUACCGUUACAUAAUAUGUCAAUCAAAAUAUGUAUCAAAUUUAUUCACUACAAAAAUGUACAUUUUUAAUAAUUAUUGUUUUUAUGUUUUAUAUUUUUGUACUUAAACAUAUAGAUGUAUGUGUGUGUUUGCGAAAAAUAACCCAUAUGUAAAAGUAUAUAUUUCCAACGGGGUUUUAUGGUACAAAAGGAAUUAAAACUUCCAAAAUUUAAAUAAAAUUUCAAAGAAUAAAACG